ACAAGCUGUUGCAUGCAGCUUACUCCACAACGCGUGGGUGAAAGCAGAAGGAAGAUGAGAGGAGAAGAAAGGUGGGAACUGCAGCUGCCUAACCGGGAAUGAAGGCGCAAGAAUGCCCUGUGAGACGGUGUGGAGGACCCGCCACAUUUACGCACACAAGAAGAAGUGAUUUACUGUGAGGGAAUCUGAAGAAGAAUCGGAUCUCGCUGUUACGAGUCGUCAUCUUGGCUGAGAAAGAACAAGUUUGCCUCAGAAUUAGACUUCAUUAAGCAGCAGAGAUGAGAUUGAACUUUUGGAUAGUCCGAGGCUGGAUAACAUGCGUCCUGGUCACCUUUUACGCACAGAACGUGGUCUCGAAAUCUCUCCAGUGUGAUGAAACACAUUAUUUAAAAGGCUCCAGAUGCUGCGAGAAGUGUAAACCAGGCUUCCGUGUGUUCACCGACUGCACCGAUUCCCACAAGACUAACAAGACCAUAUGUGUUAAAUGUAACCGUGGUGAAUACCAGCCCGGCUGGACGUAUAAGACGCGCUGUCUUCAGCAAAAGUUAUGUGACUAUGGUAAGGGUUUCAUGGAGAGGCCUGAAAACCUUGUGGCAGAGGAGCCGUGUCGCUGCAGCGUCGGCCUCCAGUGCUGUCCCAUCAACUGUGAGUUCUGCGAGCCCAUACCCAUCUGCAGUGCUGGAAACACACUCGAGGUGGACCCCGAGUCUACUAAUGGGAGAAAGAUAUGUGUUGCAUGUGAGAAAGGCUUCUUCUCUGCCGACACCGGUGCCAAACAAUGCCAACAAUGGACUAAUUGUAAGGCUGAGGGUAGGAGCGAAACACAGCCGGGCGGCGCUCAGGCUGAUGCAGUGUGUGGACCACCUGUCUCUGGUAAGACAGGUGCAGCAUCGUCCUGGGUUAUAGUUUCUGUGCUGUCAGUCAUCAUCGUCCUGUGUCUCCUCAUCUUGCUCCUCUUCUGCUACAAAGACAAACUGAAGUUACUCUCUGUAAAUCUGCGAUCCUGUGUCCAGAAUCUAAAGAGGACUAGGAUACAACAGGAGACCUUGGCCCCUCUUUACCACAGUGGAGCAGGAGGAGGGAUAGGAGGAGGCCCUGGAGGCCCCAGAUGUUCCCCAUGUGAGACGACCAAACUCACCUGCCAAGCACCACACAGCCCCGCUGAUGAGCUCCCAUGCACCUUCUCCACCUCUGUUCCCGAUGUCAAGGUCUCACUGCCCUUCACGGGGGAAAUGACAAAGGAGGAAAGGACCAUGAAGAAGACAGUGAUAGAGGAUCAGAGUGAAGGACCUGGAGAACCUGAGGAGGUGUCAGAAGAUGAGGAGGUUGUGAGUGUGUCUCCUCUUUUAGCAGGCUCUUGUGUGUGUGUCGUUACCAUCCGUGAGCCAUUAGAAGUAGGGGAGAAUGAAGACUGCAGCCAGGCCGUCAGCCCCGGGACUCCAGGAACCUGCUCAUGCGGAGGGCUGGAUGGAGAUUGGGAGAGUGGGAAAGAGGAGAAAAGUGUGAGUGUAAGGGCAGACAAUGGUGGAGAAAAGGGUGAUGCAAAUCAAGAAAAGAUGGCGUUGUCUAAGCGUGAGACGGGUGUUUCACCUCUUGUCUCCCUUUCUCCUCCACUCCUCCACACCUCCUCGGUAAUCCCUCCCACCAGUCCACUUCCUGAACUCUGCCUGCCGUUGUCUCAGGCUCAGAUGAGAACAGAGUUCAAACCUCACCUGACUGACAGGUCGCUGGUAAAACAGGAGGAGUUUUACAGACUGAAAAGCACAGAUUCAGCAUCCACAGAGAACAGUGCGACCUCCACAAUGACCUUGGUCAGCCCCUUGAUGACUUCCUCGUCUGUUGGAGAUCUCUACCUGGACAAGCCCUGCGAGACCUCGGGCCCGGAGCAAGGCCAGGGACUUUCCUGGGGGGAUAGCAGGAGAAACAAGUUCUCCUCUGGGGAGUCAGAACUGGAGUGCUCACCUGAGAGCCUCCACAGUCAGCUGGCUGAGCCAACUCCUACCUCAGGUCAGGUGUCUGGGAACCACAACACCACCUUCAUCUCCAGCGGUCAGGUGAUGAACUUCAGCGGGGAUGUCAUCGUUGUCUACGUCAGCCAGACAUCUCUCGGCAGUGACGGGGCGGGGCAGGACGAUGGCUUCGGGAGCCCUGUCCAGGAAGAGGCCAAUGAGACGGCCCUGUUUUUCCAGAGUAGCUUGAGGUCACAAGGGGACUCCAUUACCCAAAGCACCUGGCAAGACGAGACACUGCCAGCGCAGGAAGUGACGGAGGAGCGGCCGCUGGGAAAGUGAAAAGCGACCAAUGGCUGUUUAUUCGUCAGUACAGCGAUCAUCAGUUAGACAAAAGGACCUUUGAUCAUUUCUGUUGGUUACUACACCUUAUAUAUCUUAGCUCCCAAUUACAUUACAAAAACAACUGAAUAAAACAAAACACACACCUGUUUUCUGUACAAGAACAAAGAAGCUGAGCAGAGAACAACUUUAAGGGAUGUGAAGCUGUCGAUCUGUGCCCACAUAAUUAGUUUGGAAUGUAAUCUUCUGUAAUGUGUCCAUUUUUACACAUUAGACGCUGAUUCUUCUUCUUUCCUUUUUCCUUUGGAAGGCUGCAAGCUUUUUAAAAUGGAAACUCCCUCCAUUCCAGACAAUGAUGGGGAGUUUUUAUUGGAAAUUGGAUGUAGAACUAGAGUUCAGACUGGAAGAACAUCAUGUUUUUAUUGUUGCAUGGAAAUUACAGCUGGUUGUUGAUAUAAAGGAGUUAGUUCUCGACCGUCCCAGGUUAGAGUCUCCUGCAUUUCAACUACUUCAAAUUUGACAUUUGGAUCAUUUCAAGAGUUUUCCAACAAAAUAUCCACUAUGUGGAAUAAUUGUGUUGAGUCAUGCCAUGAAAGUACAUAUUUUUAAGCUAUAAAAUCCAAUCAACAUGCUACAUUAAGAUCUGGCAUUUCACUGAGUGAAUUUCAUAUUGUCUGGUUUGCAGAGUUUGGCAAAAAGCUCAUUUACAUUAAAGAGACACCGCCAGUUUUGGUACGAUGCUUGUUUAUCCCAUAUGUACACUUCUUUUAAAUUCUCUUCUUAUUGCAUCACAAGUGCAGUGUGUGUCGAAGAAAAAAAUGCUAUGCAUUUGAUAAGCUAUUUUAUUACUGGUUUGUUUUGUUUCAUUAUGUUUUAAUGUGCAAGCCCUAAUGAAGAAAAGUUAAAUGUCUGUUUAUAGUUUAAUUAAUUUUACAAAGUAGAUUGUUUAUGUAUUAUUUCAGAAAAUGCAUAUGUGAUCAAUGUUUGUAAAUAUUUCAAAAGAAGCCAUAUGUAUUUGUAAAAGAAAAUGUAAAUUCUCCUCGUGCUUCCUCUCGUUUGGUUUGAGGUGUGGAUGUGUCACGUGGAGACAUGAACACGCACACUGUAGGAGAUAUAAGGACUGUUCAAUUACAACCUCGCCAUAUGUGUGCAGCCUUACAAUAAUUAUGUACAUAUCAAUCAAACCUAUUGCAAUGAAUGACUGGAAGAAUAUUUUGUUUGAAAUUAAAUGUGUUUUGCAUCUAAUCCUUUCAGGGAUGGCUGCUAUCCUA